AUGCCAGUUUCAACACUUCGAGAGCUCCAGAUGCAGGAGAGGCAACUUCGGAAUACCCUAAUGAUGGUGAAGCAGUUUACCACAGAUUACUGCAAGGAGAGAGAUGAACUUCAGAUCGAUGUCAGGCUGGCUAUGGUAGAAGAGGCGUUGAACAAAUUCUACACUGUGCGAAGGAAAAUUGAAGUCUUAACAGACAGUGAUGAUUUGAGCGAAGUAACGGUUGCAGGAAAAGAAAUACGCCUCGAAACUCACUUCAACGAAAAUUCAACUGCUUUGUGGGAAUUUGAAAAUCUGUAUUGUGAAAUAAAGGCCAAACUGAUGAGUUUCAAACCCAACCGGCAAGAGCUGGAUCCCCCAGAGUUGAAUAAAACGGUAACCGCACCUGCACCGAUGUCACGAGUGAAAUUGCCCGAUAUAAAGCUUCCCACAUUUAGCGGCAACUUGAUGCAGUGGAUUACCUUUCGUGAUAGCUUUCGAUCUCUAAUUCAUAAUAACAAAUCGCUCUCUGCAAUUGACAAGUUCACUUACCUGCGUGCUUCGGUCAACGGCGAAGCGCUGCAGGAAAUUCAGACAAUCGAACUUACCGAAGUAAACUACGAUGUAGCGUGGAGUGCUCUAGAAAAACGUUAUGAGAAUAAAAAACUGAUUCUUAAAACCCACUUGGAUGCCAUAUUUGCGGCGGAGCCAGUACGUACGGAAAGUUUUGAGGCGUUGAAUCAGCUACUAGUACGUCUGCUGACGUCUAAAUCCAAAGUUUCACCGUUGGUAGAUUUAAAGAGGAAGAAGAAGAAACAGUCUAUUCCACGCUUAGAGCUGUCGUCUGCGAUGCUAUUGAGUCACCUGUAUGAAAAGGUCAGAAGCACCAUCUCCUUUGGUUCCAAGGCUACGUUCUGGACCGACUCCAUGAUCGUUAAGUGCUGGCUAGCUUCGACUCCAUCUCGCUGGCAGCCGUUCGUAGCUAACAGGGUCUCUGACAUCCAACAUCUCACGAAAGGCAGUAGUUGGAAUCACGUGGCAGGAGUAGAGAAUCCUGCGGAUAUAGUGUCACGGGGAAUGUCACCUGCACAGCUAAAUUAUUCAACUUUAUGGUGGUGUGGACCUACAUGGCUACGACAGGACAAAGGGACUUGGCCACAUACUAGCCAAGAGUCGAAGGAGGAUGAACGGGCUGCUCGUCAAGAGGAGAAGGCUUCGAUAGUUUUGGCAACGCACGUUGUAACUAACAGUGAGAUUUUCUCAUUACGCUCAUCGUUAUUGUCACUGGUUCGGUUGGUUGCAUUACUGCGACGAUUUGCCCACAACGCUAGAAAGGCCAACCGUGCGAAUCGCAAGCUUGGGUUUAUAACAUAUGCUGAGUCAGAAGAAGCCUUGAUGCUUCUGGUUAGGCUGUCACAACACGAAUGUUUUCCUACGGAACUUGCAGCCCUGUCCAAAGGAAACCAGGUUGCAGAAUCAUCUAGACUGGUAGGAAAAAAUCCUAAGCUUAUCAACGGCGUAAUGCACAUUGGCGGCCGGCUAAAGCACGCAGAAACAUCCGUCGGUAGAAAACAUCCCAUCAUUCUUGAUGAUCGACACCCGCUUACUGUUUUGAUUUUACAUCAUUACCACCACAAGUAUUAUCACGCAGGCCAACAGCUGCUAAUUUCUUGCGUUCGUGAGCGAUUUUGGCCAUUAAACAUUCGGAGAGCUGCAAGAAGAAUUAUAUACCAAUGCGUGCCUUGUUUCCGGAGUAAACCAAAGGUGCAGGAUCAACUGAUGGCAGACCUACCCGAAGAAAGAGUAAAUCCAGCUCCACCGUUCCACAAAGUUGGUUUGGAUUACUGUGGCCCAUUUUAUAUGUUGUACCCGGGUCGAAAGAAUCGACCGAUAAAGUGCUUCGUCGCUGUUUUCGUAUGUUUGGUGACAAAAGCGGUUCACCUGGAAGUGGUUGCUUAUCUCACAACCCAGGCAUUCCUGGCCGCCUUAGGAAGAUUUGUGGCCCGCAGAUCCAAACCUAUUCUCAUCAUGUGUGACAACGCGAAAACAUUUUUAGGCGCUAGAAGAGAGCUUGACGAGCUGGCCAAAUUAUUUUGUGCGCAGCAGUUUCAGGAAGCAGUGAUUAAAGAAGCAAGCAACGAUAGUGUUGAAUUCAAAUUCAUUCCCGCCAGAUCCCCUAACUUUGGUGGGUUGUGGGAGGCGGCGGUUAAGUCGUUUAAAACGCAUUUCAAGAAGACAAUCGGUACUCGAAAUCUGACGUAUGACGAAUUUGUGACGGUUUUAGUUCAAAUUGAGGCCUGUUUGAACUUACGUCCCUUGACUCCGUUAAGCAGCGACCCAAAUGAUCUAGCAGUGCUGACACCAGGCCACUUCCUAGUCCAGCGACCACUAAUCAGUAUAGCUGAACCAAACUUAGAAGAGAUACCAGAGAACAGAUUAUCACUGUGGCAGAGAAGUCAAAGCUUUGUGCAAACGAUUUGGAAAAAAUGGUCAACACAGUACCUUUCAGAUCUGCACAACCGCACAAAGUGGACCAGACGCAGAGACAACUUACGCAUAGGUACGAUGGUAUUAUUGAAGGAGGAAAACUUACCACCGUUGCGGUGGAUGUUGGGCAGAGUCACUCAGGUGCAUACAGGCAGCGAUGGGUGCGUUAGAGUAGCUACUGUGAAAACGAAAGAUGGAGUGUAUCAGAGAGGCAUUUCCAAAAUUUGCGUCUUGCCAAUACGAGACAAUCAACCACUCGCUGAGAGUGAUCACUAG